AUGUUUGUUGUGCUUGUGGGCUUCUCUUCGUUCCAGCAUGCACAGACACACGACGCCUCGCUGACCGCCCUCUUCGAUGAAUUCUAUGGUUCCGUCGAGUCACUGACGAAUCACCACCUACUUCGAGACGCAGAAGCUUUGCAUCUUCACGCACACCGAUUCCGGCUUCCAAGACCUCUUGACGACAUCAUUCUCUGCAUUCCGCAGAAAAAUGGGAAUCGAUAUUUCGCUUCGUUGAUGCACUUGCUUCAUUUUGGAGGUGCUCCACGAUCAGUUGGAGACAUGCUGAAGAGAAUUUCGGAGUACGACUACUCCGCUCUCAGCUCGACUGACCGGAUUUGGAUGCUGGCGCGAAAUCCAUACAGCCGUGUGUUGUCCCUUUACCUGCACAAGAUUGUCGGACUCUGCAAAUUUGGCUCCCUAGGCUGCAAGGACCACGCUGAAAGGAUGAAGUUCGCUGGUAUCAUGGGCUACAAUGCUUCUGCACCUCCAACAUUUUCGGUGUGGGUGGAUCUCCUUGCACAGGUGAUGGUACACUUACAGGCUCAUGGAAUCGACCCCUGCAUGGUGGACAAGCACUUCUGCUCGCAAACUUCAGGCUGUGCCUGGCGGCAGGCCAAGGAAGUCAUGGUUCUGAGAUUAGAGGAGCAGUGGAGGUGGUUUGAGCCUUUGGUUGCCUUGUUGAGCUCUACUGGUCUGAGCCCGCACAGCCUCUCCGGGAAUCUCUGGACGCCGUUCACGGGACAGCCUUGCUUCUAUGCACCCACCGGGAACUGCAGCGACUCCAUGACGCGAACUCCGAAACCUCCGCUUGUUGACCACAUACAUGGAACCGGUGCAAACGAUGCCGUUGGAGAGCAUUACACGCCGCAAGCGGCGUUCUUGAUUCGGCGAAUUUAUGAGAGCGAUUUCAAUCUGUUGGGUGCCUUUCCCAGAUGA